AUGGGAAAUAAGAAAGAUCCAGAGCUGGAGCCUAUCUUUGGUGGGGCUAGCAGAAGUAAUGCAUUAGCAGACUCUCAUCCUGAGCACAUUGGAAGAAGAACCAGGAUCUUGUUGGUGGUGUGCAUUUUAUUUACAGAGCUAUGUGAACGUCUUACAUUUUAUGGUAUUGUGGCAAACCUUGUGCUGUACUGCAGAGACUACUUGAAGCUUGAGGCUCCACUGCCCAGCAGUAUCAGUCUUGCAUUUCAAGGCACCUCAUUUUUUUCACCUGUGAUCGGUGGCUGGGUGGCAGAUACUUUUCUAGGGCGUUACAACACCAUAUAUGGAAGCUCUUUGCUUUAUGUGGUCGGUGCCAUUGUUCUGGGUGCUGCGACAUUCGACUAUGGUGCCAUAUUUGGCAUGAGCACCGGAAGUAAAGAAGCAUUCUUAGGAAUUGCGUUACUUCUCAUUUCUGUCGGAACCGGUGGAAUCAAAGCUAAUGUAUCCCCUUUGGGGGCAGAUCAGAUCGAGAAUGAAGGGCCCAUAAUUGUUCAGCGGUUCUUCGACUGGUUUUACUGGUUCAUUCAGUUAGGAUCUUUUUUAGCUUACACCGCAGUCGUUUCGGUGCAGCAAGAGGUGUCGUUCUUUUAUGGUUACGUCAUAACCGCUCUGUCAAUGUUCUUGGCAGUCAUAUUAUUCGUAAGUGGUAGAAAAUACUACAUUACUCAUGAGCAUAAAGGAAGUUACCUAUCUGAAACACUGAAGAUAAUAUGGCAGGGAUUAAAGAAGAUUCAAUCCCAGAGAAGCGCGCGAGUUGGGUCCCACUGGUUAGACCGGGUUAAAGAGAGUCUGGGAGGAACUUACAAAGAUCAAAGAGUCGAAGAUGUCAAGUCAGUACUGAAAAUAGUUCCAAUAUUCCUUACAUUUAUCUUAUACUGGACGAUUUAUGGACAGGGCCAAACAAGCUACCUCCUUCAAGGUUCUUUCAUGAAACUCAAACUGUCCGAGCACUUUACAAUGCCGGCGGCCUCUCUGUAUCUCUUCGAGAUCACCAUGCUAUUAAUCCUCAUACCAAUUGUGGAUCGCAUUAUUUACCCAUCCCUCCGUUACUUCGGCAUCGACUUCACCCCCCUGAAGAAAAUGGGUGUCGGAAUGUUGUUUGCCAUGGGGUCUGUCCUCAUGGCAGGGUUUAUGGAGAUUGAAAGAAAAAAAUACAUCGACACACAUGGUUAUUUUAAACAGCAUCCGUUCGACACUCCAGUAAAUGCCUCACAAAUGAACAUCUUUUAUCAAGUCCCUCAAUACGUGCUCCAGGGAACUGGGGAAGUACUGACUUCGAUUCCAGGUCUGGCAUUUGCUUACUCCCAGUCCCCUCUCUAUCUUCGCGGAGUGAUCAUGGGCCUUAACCUGGCCACCAUUGGAAUAGGCUUCUAUGUUGCUGGGGCUCUGGCAGCGAUAGCGAAAAAUGCUAGUGACGGCUCUUGGUACCCGCAGGAUUUGAACGCGGGCAAACUAGAAAACUAUUUCUUUUUCCUCGCUGCCGUGAUGUUCGCGAAUUUCCUCCUUUUUGUUUUCCUUGCUAGAAAGUACAAAUACGUUGAAUCCCCAAAUACUGUCACAGUUCAAGAGGAUCAUGGGCAAUCACUAAUUAGUACCUCGACAUCUAAUUUAGAAAAAGUUUAAGAUGCUGUCGGUGAGAGUUGCCUUAGCUGCGUUUGUUUUUCUUCUACCAAAAACGAGCUCGUUGGAUUUUAAAACACAAGUUUCUUUGAGAGUUGCUCCUUUUAUGCAAAUACCAUGGAAAUAUUUGAGGGAAGAGCACUUUACCAUCUUCCUAAAGUUAUUUUGCCAAAGAGGCUUUCGGAAGUCUUUAGAUCAAGAACUUUUACCGCUUUUGUUCUCGAGCUGACCAAAAGAUAGGCAAGCAACAAGGGAUUUUUUACUACAUGUUAACU